CGUCUUGCGCAAAAUGCGUAGCGCUGGCCUAUGAACCCAGCCGGGUGUAUGAUGGGACUACGUACAUAAACAAACAAGUCUUCUACUCCACCAGUGAGCAUGGCGGCGGCAGUAGUAGCGGUAACUACUUCGGUCUCGCCGACAGACGCAGAAGCGGAGCGCAGCGGGACGGAGGAUGAGCUCAGAGAUGUGGUGGCCGAGGAACUGGCGGCAGCGGCGGCGGUAGCAGCAGCGGGACCGCCAAACCGACUGGUGAAGUUGCCGUUGGCGCGUAUUAAGGCCCUUAUGAAGGCUGAUCCUGAUGUUGCGCUGGCGAGCCAGGAAUCCGUGUUUGUCAUCGCCAAAGCCACCGAGCUGUUUGUUGAAAUGAUAGCCAAAGAUGCCUUUGUUUACGCUCAGCAGGGAAAAAGAAAAACGCUGCAAAGAAAAGAUCUAGACAGUGCAAUAGAAGCAAUUGACGAGUUCGCCUUUCUUGAAGGGACUUUGGAUUGAGAUAUUUGCCAGGACAUCAUCCUACUUUUGUAAGGUCUAUGCUCUGGAAUUGUAUUUCAUUUUUGUAAAAUAUUUGUACAGCUGUGCAUAGUUUUCCUUGUAAAUAUACAUUUAUACAUUU